AUGGUACAUGUGGCUCUCUUGCUGGGUAAGUCCAGAGUAACACCAUUGAAACCUGUGACCAUACCUCGUUUGGAACUUACAGCGGCUGUCUUGGCAGUCAAGGUUGACAUCAUGCUGAAGAAGGAGUUGCAACUUCCAUUGGAAGAUUCUGUCUUUUGGACUGAUAGCACAACUGUCCUCAAUUACAUUAAGAACGAGGACAAACGGUUUCAUACAUUCGUCGCUAAUAGGGUGUCUUCUAUAAGAGACACAACGCAACCUCAACAGUGGAGAUAUGUACCCACUAAAGAAAAUCCUGCAGAUGAUGCAUCUCGUGGUUUGAAAGUGGAAUAUUUUCUGAGCAAUAAGCGAUGGAUUGAUGGUCCUAGUUUUCUCUGGAAGCCGAGUGAUAUACAGUUCCCCACAAGUGAUUUGACUUUGACUGAUGAUGACCCAGAAGUAAAAAAGGAGUUAAAGGUAAAUGCUGUGGUCUUGCAGAAUGGACAAAAUGCCACAAGUCAACUUCUCCAUUACUUCUCAGAAUGGAAACGUCUGAAAGUUGCAGUUGCCUGGGUUUUGAAACUGCGGAAACUUCUGUUGGAGCUGAGUCGUAAACGAAAGGAGUUGUCUUUGGAGCAGAUUGACAGUGUUGCUUUAAAUGCAAAACGACAGGAAUUUAAAGCAUCUCUGGGCAGACAAAGUUUGACUGUGGAGGAUCUGUAUAAGGCAGAGAUUGGCAUAAUUCGUUUCAGUCAACAGGAACAAUUUCAAGAGGAAAUUGCUGAGCUCAAGGAGGGAAGUACUGAUGUUAAAAGAAACAGUUCUGUCUAUAGUUUGGAUCCUAUGUUGCAUGAUGGACUGCUGCUAGUGGGAGGAAGACUUGGUAAGUCAGCUAUGCCAAGUGAAAGGAAACAUCCCAUCUUGUUAUCGAAGGAUCAGCAUGUGUCACAUCUCAUACUUCGAGACAUUCAUGAACAAUUGGGUCAUGGUGGCAGAAAUCAAAUGGUUUCCAAGCUCCGGUGCAAGUACUGGAUUACAAAUGCCAACUCUGUUGCAAGAAAGAUCAUCUCCAAGUGUGUCAUCUGUAGACGUUAUAAGGGAAAGUUGGGUGAACAGAAGAUGGCAGACCUUCCAGUAGAAAGGAUCACCCCUGAUUUUCCACCUUUUACUAAUGUAGGAGUGGAUUUUUUUGGCCCCAUCGAAGUGAAAAGGGGGCGGAGUAAAGUGAAACGCUAUGGAGUGAUUUUUACUUGUAUGGCAAGUAGAGCUGUCCAUUUGGAAAUGGCAUACUCACUCGAUACGGAUUCGUGCAUCAAUGCCUUGCGUAGGUUUGUCUGUCGUCGUGGACAGGUCUCUCACAUGAGGUCUGAUAAUGGGACGAAUUUCAUCGGUACUGAGCGGGAGCUAAGAGAGGCACUCAUUGCAAUAAACAAUGAAAAGAUUCAAAGGGCCCUACUGCAGAAGGGAGUUCAUUGGAAUUUUAAUCCUCCUUCAAGUCCUCAUUAUGGAGGAGUAUGGGAACGUAUAAUUCGAAUGGUGAAACAAAUUCUUUGUGCAGUCCUUCGACAACAAACACUGGAUGACGAAGCACUGCAAACUGUCUUGUGUGAAGCAGAAGCAAUUUUGAACGAUCGACCCAUCUCUAAACUGUCCAAUGAUCCUAAUGAUUUGGAAGCUCUUACACCAAAUCACCUUCUGCUUAUGAAAGGAAAUCCUGCGUUGCCGCCUGGUUUAUUUGAAAGGUCUGAUUUGUAUGCCAAAAGGAGAUGGAGACAAGUGCAAUACAUUUCGGAUCUCUUCUGGAAAAGAUGGGUACGUGAAUAUCUACCCUUGUUGCAAGAGCGACAAAAAUGGAACAAAGAAUGUAGAAAUAUUACCCUUGGAGACAUCGUGAUUAUUGCUGAUUCUACAGCACCACGUGGCUCAUGGCUUCUUGGAAGAGUUGUGGAGACUUACCCAGACAAUAGAGGUUUAGUUCGUUCAGUAAAAGUUCGAACCAAAUGUAACAACUUGGAACGUCCAAUUAAUAAGCUUUGCCUUCUAUUAGAAGCAACAGCCUAAAUAUGGCAUACUGUAGUCUAAUAGGUGUUGGAAAUUUACUGUCUUGUGUUAUAUACCCUUGGUACAAAUUUUGAAUUGGUAUGUU